AUCCUUACGCUAUCGCAGUCUCAUCGCCGUUGCCAAAUUAAUCGUGCAAGAGUGUGAACGCUAGUGUAUAGGAAGCGUGGAGGAGUGGAAACGUCUAUCUAGGCCGUCCUCAUACCCCGAAGGCCAUGGUAGGCUCUCAAAGCACGUAGUCCCAGCUGGGCGCCGCUAACAACGAAGUGGUUAUGGCGGCGAAAACGGUUGAAAAAGGAAAACAACAGCUUGAAGUCUGCGGGAUCUUGAGGAGAGUGUGAACAUUCAUUUCUCUUUCCGCCAACGGAACACCAGGACAAUGCCGUUCACCAGGGACACAGUCAACGGAUUCCGGUACCAGGUGGCGGUGAACGACCACGGUCGGAACGUACUGGUUGAGGUUUUGAAAUGGAGAUACAGAGGAGGAAACCUAAGUGUCAAAGAGUACUUUAGGACACUGGGGCGUCCGAAAAAGAAAUUCAAAGACAUGUUUAAUGCGGAACAACAUCAGAUACUAGAUAGAGAAACUCCCUAUCUACUAAACGUCGAUGCAACUUUCAGGGGAUAUGACCUUUCUCUCCUUUUUAUCAUUCUUCGGAACUUUUGUGGGCUGGAGGGUUCGGACUCCGAUGCAUGGAAGAAGCCUGCCUCAGGAAAAAAGCUGGAAUACCUUAUAAAUCGGCUAAAAAAGGAGCGUAACGAUAUUGCACACACAAAGGAGGUCAAACAAAUGUCUGAUGCAAAGGUUAUAAAGAAGCUGAAAUGGCUGAAACGCCUGCUGUCUAGAAUCAUCAGAACUGCCGGCACCAUUUCGAAGAAGAAACCUCACAUCCCGCGUGCUCUGAUCGCGGGGAUCAAGCAGGAGUUUCGGGGUCUGUUAACAAAGGUGCGGGAGCCAUUAGACCCUGAUGACCUCUCCUUGCUCCCACAACUACAGAAAGAGCUGAUGAUUUUUCGUAACAUUAUCAAAGAGAAGGUCAAAGAGGACAGUCGUGAAGAACUGUGUGAGCUCUACCCUUACCUAUGGGACGUUACCCUUGCGAAAUGGCUAUAUCCAGACCUAACAGUGCGCCCAAGCCUCAAUUUUACCAACUUGAUAAUCAAAGAAGACACAUCACGGUCCAUGACCAUCAACGCACAGCCUCGAACCAUAUCGCAUGAGGACAUUCUUCAGGUGAGGCGUAGAGAUAACGACCUGCCCGAAGUGCUGAUUAUAUCAGGUGAAGGAGGUAUGGGGAAAACCACUCUCCUCAAAUUCUUGACUGAGACCUGGGUGGAGAACCCAAAGCAAAUCACAGGACUUGAAAACGUUUCACAUCUAAUUUACUUCCAGCUUCGAGGCUCAAGCAUCAGCAGCUUCAAGGACCUACUAAAGAAUUUGAUUCCAAACACCUUUCAGGAAUCCGGAGUUAAGUUGGAGUACUUUGAAGACUUCUUCUUGAAUUUCAAUGUAGUCUUCCUUCUGGAUGGCUAUGACGAAGCAAACGAAGAGUCAAAGAAACUCAUCACUGACCUAUUAAGGUUUCAACAAAGCAAUAUGCGCUUUGUGAUAACUACCAGGCCAGGCUGCUUGAACGAUCUGAUUCAUAUUGCAGAGCAAAGAAAGAAGGUAAUGAACAUUGAAAUCAAGGGAAUACGAAGGGCAGACCGUCUGUACUUUGUUGAAAAAACAUUGUCAGAAAUUGAACAUGACCCAGUCCGCAGAAAUGCACUGAGGGACAAUAUCAUUGCAAACCUAGAAACCCUAUAUAUGGAUAUGGAUGAACUGGACGUCCCUCUGACGAUAACACUCGUGAUUAUUCGUGAGUUUAAAGACCCUUCCCAACGCUCUACAGAUAUUUAUGAGGAUUUGACAGUCCUCAUGAUGGGCAAGAUCACAGAGAGGUUGGCAGUGCAAGGGAUUGCUGAUGCUGAAAACAAGGUCAAAGACUAUUUCAGUACCUUGAGGAAAGUGUCCCUUCGUGGUCUGAAAAGAAAGGAACAUGACCUUUGGCCAGAAACAGUGACGGAACUGAAAGCAAAGUGUGACAGUCUUAAUGUGCCAUAUAUAGAUAUGUUAUCUGGAUUUUUCAGUUCAAAGAGAACCAGGAAGGAUCUAACAUUUGAACAAACUUGGUCCUUCCCACACAAUAAGUUCCAAGAACAUUGGGCAGCUGGAUAUAUUGUCACACAGUUUUCAACUUGGAAAUUAAGAAAUGUUCAAGAACUAUCUCAGAAAGAGGUUGAAUGUCUGGCAGACCAUCCUUACUUGAAAGUGUUCUUCGAAGACUCAGAAGAAGCAAGACAAUUUUUUAGUGAAGAUGGAAAUGCUGAAGAUAUGUUCAUAGAUCUAAUGUGCAAAGUAGUCAAUUUGGUGUUGAAGAGUCAAAAACCACUGAUUAAGCAUUACCUCCCAGCGCUCACUAGCCUUGUUCUAUACAGUAAAUGUUCUCGUCCAGUAAAAGGAAGGAGAUGUAACACAGAGUGCCGGCUGAUGCGAGCAACAGGGAAUUUAACAAAUAUGUUAGAGGUAUGCAAUGCUGGAUUGCAAGAUAUUGAUGGCAUUGACGUAUUUGGAAGCUUCUAUAAAGAAAUUGUAGCUGCGACUAGCCAUCUUCGGCCUCAACAUGUCGUUAGGGCGGUUGAAGACGAUUCCGACGAUUACCAUACUUGUGAGGUGGAAUCCAGCUUUCACCAACUGGUCAAGCGAAAUGUCGAACUCGUGACGAAAGAGAAACUCAAGGAUGAAACGGUCCCACAACUGAUAGAUUUUGCACAAAAUGCCUUCGCUUCCAUCAAGAAGAUAAUGAAUCCAGAAACGACAUCAGAAGGAAUCCAGCAAUUUGCAUCUGGGUUACCGAAAUUAAUUGAUGCAUUCAAAUAGUAUUCAAUUAUCAGCCUAAUGCUGGUUGACUGGACAGGUUACCAUCUACAGAAUGUGUAUCAAGUUGAACAUUUCUAAUAAUGACUGUAGAUGUAAGUGAAAGGUGAGGUAAUUAAUCAUAGUUACGAAUGUACGAAUUACUAAUUGAAUCCACCUUCUGCAGAAUUUGAUGACUUAUUGAACUUAACGUGUCAUGGAAGAAAUAGUGCCAGUAUUAGCGGGCAAAAUAGACCUAAGAAACGUGAUGUAACUACACCAUGUUUUCUCAUUUUAAUAUAAGAAGUAUAUCUAAGAUUUGCCAUUUGUAUUAAAUGUUUUUUGUUCCGG